GUAGCCCGUGUGGACAUGUCAUCUGUGAAAAAUGAUGGAUUUUCAGGUUUGGUUGCAAUUUAAGUAUCUUCUCUUUCCUGCAGUAGCCCUUUAUAAAGGGUCUCCCAGUCAGAUCUUUCAGUCUUGUCACUCCUUUCAGUCACUUCAGACAGACAGACAGACAGAGCAGCAACAAUCAUGAAGUUCACUUUGUUUCUGAAUGGACUCCUGCUGCUCUUUCUGCUUCCCAACUGGACAGAAAGUGUUGAAGAAGAAGGAAUGAAAGAUGAAAGUGCUGAAGAAGAAAGUGUUAAAGGACAAAGUGUUAAAUCCGUGGACAUCAACACUCUCGCUCGCAUUAUCAACUUCUUUGAGCAGAACUAUAAGAGGGUGGAUCCAGAUGGCCAUGUCCGUCAGUAUGCUACAGCCAUCAAUGUACCAGUGGAACAGUGUCAACCAGACUUCGAUCUUGACCAGAACAACUUUCUGACUCAGGAGACACCAGCAAUUGUUAAAAACAAUAUUACUGAUGAAACAAAUGCACUUUACCAGGGUGCAGAGCUCAUCGCCGCAGGAACUAGGAAAGUUGUGAUCACUAAAAAUAAGCAAUACAACAGGCAUUCAGAGUCUCUCCUGCUCAAUCCUGUGGGGAACUCUCCAAUGACCAAACUUCUGAAUAAAAGAAAAGAUGGCUGCUCGGUUUUCUACACGUUUGAGUCCCCGUGUGUGGACACAUGUCUGAAUCCAGAUAGCAAACACAAUAUUCUAGGGGGCCUGAUGAAGUGGAAGGAACAUGGUGGGAUUAAAGCUUUUGUUUUCAAGAAUUUCUGGAAGUUUGACACUGGAAAAGAUCUUCAGAGUGAGUUCAGAAAGAUUGCAGCUAUUGUUCCUCUGUACCGCUGCGAGAGUGCGAAUGAGUGCAUUGCUUGUAAAGGGGAAGGAGACACUGCCAUUGACUCACGCUGUCUGCCUUCAAAUAUGAAAAAAAAUGAACUGUAAAGGUUUUUGUACACUGAAGCCUGAAAUGUAGCUUUUCUUUUUGUAUAAAUAUCUGAGGAUUUUCAUUUUAGGGGGGCUCAGCUCCUCAUUUUUUUUCUCCUA